CGUUUGACUACCGGAGAAGUUUUUCCUUCCGUUAAAAAAAAAAUUGAAAAUGGGUAUUUACUCUCUUCUAAAAAUACCGGAAUGGGUAUUCUCGUAUUUCAGUUGUGAACCCGCCUCUGUCUCAAUUCUGGGGACACCGCUCACCAACUCAACACAGAGCAUCUAGAAACCCUCACAGUCACAGGCAUCUCUCUUUCUAGCUGAAGCUCUUGACUAAGGUUCUCCCUAGGGUCUUACACGAUUGUUGAAGAACAGGCUAAAAGGUACAUUAUCUGUUAGGGAAUAUUAUUGUCAACCCUGCUAUUAAUGGAGUCUUUGGUUCUUCGACUCCAUGAAAUCUCAGCUGUAAAAUUUGGCAACUUCAAACUCAAAUCUGGCAUCUCGUCACCAAUCUACAUAGAUCUCCGUCUUGUUAUAUCUUACCCUUCUGUCCUCCGGCAAAUUUCUCAGACCUUGGUUUCCUCAGUCUCUUCUACUUCAUUUGACUUUGUCUGUGGUGUUCCUUACACUGCUCUGCCUAUUGCCACUUGUGUAUCAGUAACUCAAAAUAUCCCUAUGGUCAUGCGCCGCAAGGAAAUCAAAGACUAUGGAACUUCUAAAGCCAUCGAAGGUGAUUUUACACCCGGCCAUAGUUGCUUGAUAGUUGAGGAUUUAGUUACUAGUGGCACUUCGGUUUUGGAAACUGCUGCGCCACUGCGUGCUGCAGGGUUGAAGGUCAGUGAUGCUGUUGUAUUGAUUGAUAGAGAGCAAGGUGGGAGAGAGAAUUUGGAAAGCAAUGGAAUCAAGCUGCAUUCAAUUAUUAAAUUGACAGAAAUGGUGAAGAUUUUGAGUGAAAAGGGGAAGCUUGACAAAGAAAUGGUAAGGAUUGUUAUGAGGUUCUUAGAGGAGAAUCAGAAUGUUGCUGCUUUGACAACUAAAGCUAAGCUAAAGAAGUUGUCAUUUUUGGAGAGGGCUAAGUUGUCAAAAAAUCCAACAGGAAAGAGGUUGUUCGAGAUAAUGGCUGAGAAGGAGAGUAAUCUGUGUUUGGCUGCUGAUGUUGGAAGUGCAGCUGAAUUGCUUGAAAUUGCUGAAAAGGUUGGGCCUGAGAUAUGCUUGCUGAAAACUCAUGUGGAUAUAUUACCUGAUUUUACUCCUGAUUUCGGUUCUAAACUUCGCACGAUUGCAGAAAAGCAUAACUUCUUAAUCUUUGAGGACCGUAAAUUUGCUGACAUUGGUAACACAGUGACAAUGCAGUAUGAAGGAGGGAUCUUUCGGAUACUGGAUUGGGCUGAUAUAGUAAAUGCACACAUCAUCUCUGGUCCUGGAAUCGUGGAUGGACUGAAAUUAAAGGGUUUGCCUCGCGGAAGGGGUCUGUUGCUGCUUGCCGAGAUGAGUUCAGCUGGUAACCUUGCUAAGGGAGAUUAUACCACUUUUGCAGUUAAAAUUGCUGAGGAUCAUUCCGACUUUGUUAUCGGCUUCAUAUCAGUUGAUCCAGCAUCAUGGCCUGGGGCACCAAUAAAUCCCUCUUUCAUUCAUGCAACUCCUGGAGUUCAAAUGGUGACUGGUGGUGAUGCUUUAGGGCAGCAAUAUAACACUCCAUAUUCUGUUGUCCAUGACAGGGGUAGUGACAUUAUCAUAGUGGGCCGUGGGAUCAUCAAGUCAGGUAAUCCGGCUGAAACGGCUCGCAACUACCGACUUCAAGGAUGGAAUGCAUAUUUGGCCAAGUGCAGCUGAGGACCCUAUAUUAUGAGGAAAUUUUGUUUCUGCACGCUAUUUUUGGCCAACAAUUAGGAUACAUUCUAGGAAAUAAGACUUCCAUUGAUGAGAAACAAAUAAAAGGCUUCCAUAAAAUAUCCCCAGAUUAAAAAAUGAGGUUUUCAUUCUGUAUAAAUGUUAGAAAAGUAGAAGAAGCACUUGGGGAGUGGCUUUGUUUUCUGUUUCUUUGUUAGAGACGUUACAUUUGUGGUUCUGCAGCACAGUAUUUUAUCAUUUUUUUCUUAUUAGUGAAACAGGACUUGAAAAAUAUAUUCACCCUUUUUAGUUCAGCCA